GAAAGAGUUCAGGUGUUGGAGGUUGGCCAAAGGUGUCGAACCCGGCGAGGGAAAGUGAUCAAAUAUGCAUUCAUAUUUCCUUCUGUGUAUCUGCGUAAAUAAAGAAGGUUGUGGAUACGGAGGAUUGUCAGUGGAUGCUCCUGAAAAUUCCCGCAUAAAUGAAAACUCCGGAACAUCGAAAAUGCGACGGUGCCAUCAGUGAAAAGUUCGCACAAAUGCUUGUGGCUGACCGUGGCUGACGACGCAGAUAUAGAGAUGGAGGGUCAGCCCGAGGACAAGAUGGCGGUGGAGGGCAAGCCGUGGCUGGACGUAUCUCUGAAUCCCGACGGAGCCGAGGACGACGCCAGCAGGAGUAGCCAGGAGGACUCACUCAGAGACAACUGGAGCAGCAAGUGGGACUACAUCCUGUCGGUCAUCGGGCUUACCAUCGGCCUCGGGAAUGUGUGGCGGUUCCCUUAUAUUUGCUACAUGAACGGAGGAGGUGCGUUCCUGGUGCCUUACCUGCUGAUGCUCGUCCUGGUGGCCCUCCCACUGUUCCUGCUGGAGUCUGCCAUCGGCCAGUUCAGUUCCUCCAGUUGCAUCGGCAUCUUCUCGGCGUGUCCUGUCUUCAGAGGCGCCGGCAUAGCAGCGACCAUCGUGAACUUCCUUCAGACGGGAUACUACACUACGUUAGUUGCGUAUCCGCUGCUCUUCGUCUACCACUCACUCAGGAGGGAGCUGCCCUGGACCUCCUGUGAUAACGAAUGGAACACGGAACACUGCACGAGGACCAGAGCCGAUUUCGUGGAAAACAAGACAGAGAACGGGACACAGACAGUCGUGUCUUCUGCUGACGAAUUCUUUCACAACGAAGUCCUCAGGAUCAGCAGCGGCGUGGGCGAGGUGGGCGGGCUCGUGUGGCCGGUCGUGGGCGCCGUUCUCUUCACGUGGUUCAUCAUCUUCCUCGCCAACUUCAAGGGCGUGAGGGUGCUGGGGAAGCCACCAGAGUCAUCUCUAGCUGGUACCACCGUGGUGCCAGUGGAUCGUGGUAUCAUUCACUACUUUUGGGAAUGGGUGCUUCUGUUACUCAGUGAAUUCUUGUUGAGAGUGGUCGCUCUCAUGGCAUGUCAAGUUAAAUCCAUUUGUGUUCCAGCUGAACUAGCAAUCAAGUCACUAUUAGUAUAUCCCUUUCACUAUCCUUACAGCCUUGAUGUAUCAUCAUUGAUUCCCUCGAAGUCUAUUAUCAAAGGUCCUAUAAUAGGCUUGAUCUUGGCAUCCUCUCAGGGAAAUCAGGCAAUUUUUCACGCCUUCUGUGGAACUGAGAUUAGGGUUUUCCAGGGUGAUACAAGCCAAGGAACUAUUACUGUUAACUGGUUGAGUGGUCAUAAGGCGCAUGACACUGCAGGCAGGUAUACGCUCUUGUGUGCUGCUGAACAUCGACGCUUACACCACAUUCCUCCCUCUUCCUUCCUCCCUAACCGGUUCGAUUCCCUCCCUCAGGUGUGGGCAGCGGCGGCCGUCCAGAUCUUCUUCUCCAUGACUCCGGGCUACGGCGUUCUCACCACGAUGAGUUCACACAACAAAUUCCGGAGCAGCAGCAUGAGAACGGCGAAGAUCGUGCCCAUUGUGUGUGCCAUGACUUCGAUCUUCGUUGGGUUUGUGGUAUUCUCAGUCCUCGGUUUCAUGGCACACCGCUUGGGCACGACCGUGGACAAGGUCACUGCUGCGGGGUCUGGGUUAGCUUUCAUCAUCUACCCCGAGGCGCUGUCCCUGAUGCCUCUCGCUCCUCUCUGGUGUGUCCUCUUCUUCCUCAUGCUCUUCUUCGUGGGCAUCGACUCCUGCUUCGGCGUCGUGGAAAGUCUCCUGACGGUCGUUACCUCAGAGUUUCCCCAAAUCCGGAGCUGGCGAGGCUGUGUCACAUUCGUCAUUUGUUCUGUCAUAUUCCUCGGCAACGGCGUUAUCUACUCGCAGGCGGGGAUAUACUGGCUUACCCUCGUCGACUGGUACGUGUCUUCCUUCACCGCCACGCUCAACUGCCUCUGCGAGCUGCUGGUCUUCUCGUUCAUAUACGGUGUCGGAAGAACAAUUCGUGACCUGCAGAUGAUGACGAACAAAACCGUCAGCUAUUUCUGGUACGCGACGUGGCUGGUAAUUACCCCCGUCCUGACAGUGGCCAUCUUCGUGAAUAUGGUCCUGAACUACGGCCCCGCCAGCUACGACGGCAGGAGGCUCCCCGACUGGGCGCAGGGCGUCGGCUGGCUCACCGCCUUCGCCUCCAUCCUCGCCAUCCCCGGCUACUUCGUCUACUACCUCGCCGUCCACACCAAAGGCUCCGUCGCGCAGCGUCUGACGCAGGGCCUGUCGCCCACAGCCGCGUGGGGUCCGGCUGAGGAGGAAUGCCGUGCGCACUGGGAGCGAUACUGCGCCCAGCAUCCCCUCCGGCACCGCCUCCUGUACCCCAACAGUUCCGGGGCAGCUCUCUCUCUGCCCGAAGUUGUUCCUCUGGGCAGGCCAUAACACUGGGGAGGAACAGCGACAUUGAUCGUUAUUUUAAAAGCUCGAUCUAUUAUGUUUCCCAAGCUCUCUGUGCGGUACAGUCGGGUAAUGCGGCUGCAGUGACCGAGAAACGGGCGUCCUGUAUAUAGUUUGCGUGUCAUGUUCUGGCCAGACGACGGACAGGCCAACGAGAAGUAUUUAGUAUUACAGUGGAAAGCGGUGUGAUUUUAUACUGCUUCUUGCGCAUAAUCCUUGCUCUUUGCGAUGAAGGCAAGUAAAGCUAUAUUUUUAAAGCUGAAAGUAAUUAUAUAUAUUUUUUCUUGUGUAAUGCAUAGCAAUUGUGAUUUACUUUCGGUUGAAUACAUUUCUGCCUAACCGGCAAUAGUAUCUUUUGUUAGGACUGGGCCUAAUAAAUUUUCUAGGAUGAAAGUAACUCAGGAAAAUUUCCGUCUCUUUAGCAAUCAAUCCAAUCAGUUUUAAACAACAUUUUAUGUCUGAAUUUCACGGUUAUGGUGCAUCAUAGCACCCUCACAUAGUCGUGAGAUUCAGGGUGUGGUUUAAAAUACCCUCAAAGCACUGCAGUUGCCAUAUAAUCUGAUUUAUUUUGAACACUGUCUUGAGCCGAACUGGUGUAUGGUACAAAAAUGCUUUUUGAUAGAGUUUUUUUUCUCCCUUAUAACGAAUCUCUUGUUAGGCUCUCCAAAUUCUGAUAGUAUUAUUACGAAAUUUAGAUAGAGAUUGGAAAUACUAAAUUAAUAUUUUUUGGGUAUUGCACGGCAGACUGUCAUAUCAUACAAUACUAUUUAAGUGUAUUUGGUCAGUGAUGAAAGUCUGGUAUUAGAACUUAGGAUGAGUGCAAAAAAGUUCCUAUAAUUUGGACAAUAACACAGACUUAAUAGAUUUAGAAACUUCCUUAUUAAGCAAUGCAAGUAGAUGCUAAGUUAAACUUUCUGACAUAGUUUUAAGUUUGUACUAAGUUUUAGAUUAAGUUCCAAAAUUGCUUUCAGCUGGACUGGUGUGAUAUACAGCCAUAUCUUUGAUAUAGAUUUUCAAACAAUACCACUGUGCAUUUGUUUGUACAGCUGUAAUAUUAUCCAUGUUAUCAAGAUUUCAAAGAAUGUACUUCCAAUUUACAACUGCCAUCAGUAAUGACAUAUGGCCUCAAGUGAAUGAUUCUGUACAAUGGACGGCAUAGUAUUUUCACGUACUGUGAUACUGAAGAACAGACGAUAGAGUCAAUUGCAAAACAACACGUAAUAAAAAUGCACACACACACACACACACACACACACACACACACACACACACACACACACACACACACACGCACACACACACACACACACACACACACACACACACACACACACACACACACACACACACACACACACACACACACACACACACACACACACACACUGUCACUCUCCGUUUUCUCUCUCUCUCCCCCCUCUCUCUCUCUCUCACUCCCCCCCAUCUCUCUCUCUCUCUCUCUCUCUCUCUCUCUCUCUCUCUCUCUCUCUCUCUCUCUCUCUCUCUCUCUCUCUCUCUCUCUCUCUCUCUCUCUCUCAUCCCCACACACACACACUGCUGACUCGGCGCUCUACAACCAACUGUUCGUAUCUUCACUUCCGUCUUUAUAUACUUAACUAAAAAAAAACAUAAUAUUUUAAGAAUAUGAAAUGACCUUUUAUAUAAAUCUCAAUUCAUUUCUUGUUCUUUUGAAUUUCAAAUAAAGAAGGUAUUUUGA